GCAGCCCAGGUCGCGCUGGCUUGGGUCACACAUCUGAGGGUGCGGAGGAGCAGCCCCCACCCCCAGGUCUCCGCCCCAGCUCUGCGGGCGGUGGGAGGAGUGGGGUGGGGCCUGCGAGCAGGGGCGGGACCCCGAGGCCACCUGGCCCAGCUCCCGGCCCGUGCGGCGGGACAGCGCGAUGGACGUGCAGCGCUGCGAGGCGGACGCGGGCUCCGGGCCCCCGGCCUACGACUCGGUGGCCGCCUGGUGGGACAUGGUGCGCAGGGACCUGCGUGCUUUCCCAAACUCCUGUUCGGCACUUGGAAGAAAAAUUGCAGCUAUGUACAGCAGCUUUACUAGCAAAUCACUAAAAGAACACAUUUUCCCUCCUCUGAUGAACAUGCUGAUUUAUUUUAAUUUCUACAAAGCCCCACUUCUUAUGGAUUUAAAGAAACCAGAGGUAAAGAUCCCUCACACAGUGAACUUCUACAUCAAGCCCGAACCUGGAGUGGUGCUGGGAGUCUGGCACACGGUCCCCAGCUGCCGGGGGGAAGAAGCCCAAGGGAAGAAUCGGUGCUGGUACGAGGCAGCCCUUCAGGAUGGAAACCCGAUCGUCGUGUAUCUUCAUGGAAGUGCACAACACAGGGGCGCGCCUCACAGGUGUGAGCUGAUGAAGGUGCUGAGUGAAGGUGGCUUUCAUGUCCUGUCUAUUGACUACAGAGGGUUUGGCGACUCUACAGGGACACCCACAGAGCAAGGGCUGGCUUUGGAUGCUAUUUGUGCCUAUGAGUGGGCCAAAGCGAGAAGCGGUCACACCCCUGUGUGUUUGUGGGGCCACUCUCUGGGCACAGGAGUCGCAUUAGAUGCUGCCCGACUCCUGGAAGAGAGAGGAUGCCCAGUGGAUGCCAUUGUGUUGGAAGCUCCAUUUUCCAACAUUUGGGUUGCGACUAUCAACUAUCCCUUACUGCAGAUUUGCCAGAAGUUUCCCAGAUGUUUACGUGUACUUAACGAUUCCCUAAAAGAAGACAGAAUAACCUUCGCUAAUGAUGAAAACGUCAAAUUCCUGUCUUCUCCUCUUCUCAUCUUACAUGGAGAGGAUGACAGAACAGUGCCAAUAGAAGAUGCAAAAAAGCUCUACGCAAUUGCACAUGCAGCCUAUAGGAAUAAAGAAAGGGUCAAGAUGGUUAUCUUUCCUCCUGGCUUCCAGCACAACCAUCUUUGUAGAAGUGUCAUGUUUGUAAGAGUUGUGAGAGAUUUCCUGAGCAAGCAGUGGGCGUGAGCUCUGAGCAGCAUCUUCAGUUGCAGACCUGCGAGGUAUACUUCUUUGAUGCAAAACUGAACAAGGCUGCUUACUGGAGCUGAAAGCCUACAAGCUUCCACAAACCAAACCACCUGUUAUUUUUAGUAAGGCAGGCAUGGGCGCUGGGUGGUGUGGAGAAUCAGAACCCGGUAAAUGUUGGAUCCCAUCUAAAAUAUACGGUUAACAAACAUUCUGGGAAUAAGUUGGUUGCUGUGGCUUGGUGUCCGUGUCUGCCCCAAAUCCAAAAACUGAGACCUACUCAGUAACGUGAUGGUUUCAGGAGGUAGGAAGUCCUGAGGGGUGGCUCUUAUCAACUGGUUAGUGAAAUAAGCCCAGAGUACCUCUCUCUGGGGAGGACACAGUGAGAAGGCCCAUCCAUGAGCCAGCCCUGGUUCUCACUAGUCACCAAAUCUGCCAGGCCCCUGAUCUUGGGCUUUUCAUCUCCAGAACUAUGGGAAAUAAAAUUUCUUUUGUUUAUAAGUUA